GGAUAUUUAGGUAUCCGGCGUAUCGGAGUAUGCCGUAUCGCGUCCCCAAGCACGGCACAGACCAUUAAACCACGUGACUUCCUCGUAAUCCAAAGGGGAAAACGAAACUGCGACAGUGGCUUAGCUCCGUGCGCUGAAUAACACCCUGGAUCCUCGCCACACCUAUUGCGCAUCUCCCCAGGGUUCAGAAUGGUGUUCAUGGAUUGACUGAACUCCGACUUUCGCGCCAAACACGGUCUCCUCACAUCCUCUCCAUCAACCUAAGUCGCCAUGGCCGAUACUCCGCCGCGAGGAGGUCACGCUGACUCCAUCACAUCCCAAGAUUCCGGCCCUAAACAGGAUGAGAAGAAGAAGAGUCGCAGGCCUGCGAAUAAUGCAUUCCGACAGCAGAGAUUGAAGGCAUGGCAACCGAUCCUGACGCCUAAGACUGUCCUACCGCUGUUCUUCACAAUCGGCAUCAUAUUCGCACCGAUAGGAGGAUUGCUUCUGUACGCGAGUGCUCAAGUCAGAGAGAUCAAGCUCGACUACACGACAUGCACCACGGAUGCACCGAGGGACGAAUUCAAGCCUAUGCCAGACGGCAAUGUCUUCUCGGCAUUCAAGACAUCUGGGAAUGACACUGAUUGGCUGCCUCCGAGGUGGCGCGCGAGCGAUGUCAACCUCACGUUCGACGGCGUUGAGAAUACAUAUAAUCAGUGCACCCUCGAGUUUUCGAUACCCGAAGACAUGGGCCCCCCGGUACUCUUCUAUUAUCAGCUCACGAACUUCUACCAGAACCACCGUCGAUAUGUCAAGAGCUUCAAUGACAAGCAGCUGAAGGGUGAUGCGGUCAGUUCGGGUACCAUCAACGGGUCGGACUGCACUCCUCUCACCCACGACCUUUCGGGCAGCGGGAAACCCAUCUAUCCAUGCGGUCUGAUUGCCAACUCGAUGUUCAAUGACACCUUCUCGAACCCGCUUUUGCUGUCUGUUCCAGUCAGCGGUGAUAGUGGCAAAUUGGACAACCAGACAUAUCCCAUGAACAACAACUCCGGCAUAGCCUGGUCCUCUGACGCUGCUCUGUAUGGGAAGACCAAGUACAACCUCUCUGAGAUUGUUCCACCUCCAAACUGGGCCGUACGGUUUCCGAAUGGCUAUACUGAGUCAAACCCACCCCCUGACCUCGAAACGUGGGAGGCGUUCAUGGUAUGGAUGCGGACCGCGGGCCUUCCGACUUUCAGCAAGCUUUAUCAGCGCAACGACGACAAGGCCAUGAUUGCUGGCAGGUACCAAAUUGAGAUCGUCAAUCAUUUCCCCUCUGAGGUGUUCCACGGGACCAAGUCCAUCGUCAUCUCGACCCGCACAGUCAUGGGCGGCCGAAACCCCUUCCUUGGCAUUGCUUAUAUUGUUGUCGGCGGUAUCUGCAUUGUGUUAGGUGUCGUGUUCACAGUGACUCAUCUCCUCAAGCCCAGGUAUGUUGCCUAUGGUAUUCCUUCUUUAUUCUUCUUGUGCUUCCUAGCCCCGUUUCCCGGCCAGUGCUGACUUGGAUGCCUUACAGAAAACUGGGUGAUCACACCU